GAUUAGGGAGACCAUGAGAGAAAAACAUAACAAAAUAUAUUAAUUUUAUCAUAAGCAUGAUUAUAUACGACAUAGAUAUUUGAUGGAUACGAACUCAUACCAAUAGUUGGAACACGGGUUGGGUUGGGUUCUACGGUUUGUGUAAUCCAAAGUCAAAACCCAACCCAAAAGAGGCGGGUUGUUCAAAAGAAAACCCUCACCAACCCAAAACCUUCGUUUUAGCGAUAAAUACGGAUGAGUCGGGUCGGGAUGGACGGGUGGGUCGGUUUACGGGUGUAUUUGUUCACCCUUACCAGCUAGUAUUACAUGGUGAAAAUGGUAUAACGAUCAGGGUUUUAGAUUGUGAUCAUUAAUAUUUUGGUAUAUUAUCUUACUUUAAUAUUAAUUCAGUAUCGAUGUUUUAUUGGUAUGUUAUCGGUUAAACCAUGAUUAUACCAUCAAAUAAUAACCCAUCUAACUAGUUUGAUACAAUCUUAAAUACAGGUUUACAAAAUCAUAAAUUUUUACUUAAAGAAUUCAAAUUGCAUUUUUUCUUAUUACCAUCUAACUUGUGCAUCAAAAAGUCAAUACAAAACCCUUACUGACUCUGUCAGCGGUACUACAAUGGACGAGGAGCAGAUUGACGACACGAUGCUACUUGUCUGUGCAGAUUGAUGUUGGAGACUAUGAUCAAAAUUAAAUCUCAUACCCCCAUAAGGGUGAAGAUUAGUCGAAAUAUUAAAACAUUAGAUUCACUUCAAAUUUGAAUUUUACCCUCUCAUUAAAGUCUUUUAAAUUCACUCGUUUAAUAUUUAAUCCUAUGGUGAACUAUGAUGACAUCGAAUGAUCGAAUAGGAGUUUUGGUAGGUAGGGAGUUUACUUUCCUUUUUUUUCUCCAUGGAUGAUUUACUUUUGUAUUACAGACUAAAUAUACUACUUUAGUACUUUUCUUCGUAGUUAAUUUUGUCUAUAAUUAAUCACUAAUUAUGCAAUUGUGUGACGACUGCUAGACUUAUGAUUGAUUAGAUUAAACCUUGCUGGCGAAUUAGAAACCAAAGCGUAAGACUUUGCCAACCUUAAUCGAAGGCGGUUAAUACUAAACUAUAUGAUUAAUUAUGUAAAGAAGUGGUAGCUAGUAGCUACACAUAGUUGACACUUGUUACCAAAGGAUUCACACCUAAGCAAACCCUUAUUCGCUACCCCACAAAUCAAGUACAAGUUGUAGUAGUAGUAGGUAUUGAAAAAAUUAACACCAACUUGCUUAUUUGAUGAAAUUUCUGAUUAGUUUCAACAUUAAUAUUGAUCAUUCAAUUCAUCACAAGUAUCACCUAAUUAAGAUUUAUAGUCCUCUGUGUUGUUCCUCAAUCGUUGUAUUCGACCUGUGGGUUUGAGAUGUGAUAUGUACAUCUUAAUCCUAUUCUUUUGGAAUACGUAGAAUAAGUUCAACUGGCGCAACCUUUAUUAAACUAUCAGGUGAGAGACGAUACACUUGAUUAGAAAAUAAAUCGAGUGAGAAACGCUAACUAUUAUGCAUCCAAAUGAACUAUUAAGGGUAUGAGUUAAAUCUCAAUCUUCCAUACAUUAAUCAUCAAGACAUUUUCAUGCAUUAUUAUUAAGAACCAACACCUCACGAUAACAUACUCCAUAAACAAGAACCCAAAACGAAAAUUUGCAAGAGAUAUGGGGAACAUGUUUUAGGCUGAAAGCUACAGAAAAGAAACCCCAAAACGUCAUUUAUCAAAUCUAGAGCUACUUGAUUGGGUAAUUAGUACUUUAACCCCAAUUAACGUCACUCAUCCUUAUCUUCUUCACGACACUUAGAAAAAGUGUUCAUCAAUUACAAGACAAAAUUACACACAUAAGCCACAGCUUUGUCACCGAGCAUAUGAAGGUUAAUUAAAUAAUGUCAACACGAAAUACGAUCUCUUCCGAUAUUUAACAAACGGCUUAAUUGCAAGUUUGGUCACUCGAAUUGCUACAAAAUUUCAUGUUUGCCACUCAAAUUGAUUUAUUCUAUUUAUAGUCACUUAAAUUAGUUGAACAGUCCAAGUUCGGUCACUCUCCGUUAACCUCCGUUAGACUCCGUUAAUGACGACCGUUAAGUGAUGACGUGGCUAACAGAAAAUCACAGUCAGCAUAUUUUAACACUAAAAAACGACGACCCGCCACGUCAUAUUUACCCGCCAUGUCAGCCCUACUUGCCCAACCCGCGAACCAACCCAAUAAUUGACCCAACCCAAACCCGAGACCUGACCCCCUGAAUCUAGAUUCUUGGCUCUGUACUAUUCGCCUCGCAAAGAAGAAAGGGGAGAGAUCCAGGGAUCACUCAUAACCAAGCAUAUGCUAAUGUUAAGCCAUGAAGCAAGCUCUCUGCAUAGAGCUCCAGCAGUGUAUUCUUUGAAGGCACAGCGAGUGCGAGCUGGGUCGAGAGAGAAGUUUCACAAACAUUCCUUCAGGUUUGCAUGUGCAAUUUCAAGUAUUUGAUUUUCUCUAUCUUUGAUUUUCCAUCUUUGGAACCCUUGUUUGACUUUUAGGGGGAUUGCCAUGGAUCCUUUCCUUCAGGAAUUUGGUACUUAGAAAAUCACUGCUACUGAACAAUGUGGUGGUCGGGAUGGUGGUGGACUCUUGUGUUAUCGACGGCGGCAGCUGUGCUGCUUCCGUUAAUCGUCUUCUCCAGGUUUCUGUUCCUUGAGAGGAGGGAGUCUGGAAUUGGGAGCUCAAAUGUCUCUUCACAAUCUGCGCCAACCACACCAGUCAAAGCUUCCGGUUCCGAGCUUAGUCCCGAAUAUGCCUCACUGCCUCUUCCCGCUGGAGUGUACGAGGUGUUCGUGAGCUGUACAAGUCCUGAAAUUCAGAACCAUUUCGGCGAUUUCCUCUACAACUACCUGGCUCGUUCGAAAAUUCGGACGUUUGGAAACGAGGAGCAGCUUCCCAAAGGCCAGACCCAAGAAUCUAGAUUUAGGGGGUCAGGUCUAGGGUUUAGGGUUGGGUCAAUUAUUGGGUUGGUUCGCGGGUUGGGCAUGUAGGGCUGACAUGGCGGGUAAAUAUGACGUGGCGGGUCGGUUCGUCGCUUUUUAGUGUUAAAAUAUGAUGACUGUAAUUUUCUGUUAGCCACGUCAUCACUCAACGGUUGUAAUUAACGGAGUCUAACAGAGGUUAACGGAGAGUGACCGAACUUGGAAUGUUCAACUAAUUUAAGUGACUAUAAAUAGAAUAAAUCAAUUUGAGUGACAAACGUGAAAUUUUGUAGUAAUUCGAGUGACCAAACUUGCAAUUAAGCCAGCCUUUAACAAACCUAUGGAACCACAACAUAUGAUAAUUAUUUGGGUUAAACUAAUGAAUCAAUGGGUGUCGUCAUAUGAUUGCUCUAUGUAUGUGGAAAUGAAGUGCUCUUUUUCAUUCAAUAAUACUAUAUUUAAGCAGUGGAGCCAACAAAAAAGAUGAUGAGGUAAUUAUAUGUGGCUAGGUGUGGGGAGCAAGACAUUUCAUUGGAGGUGACUUUGGCUUAUUAUAUGGUUUGUUUUGUUGAACUUUCUUUGGUUGGGAGCAAGUGAAAGCAAAAGGGUUUUUGCUCUUUUAUUGAAACCCUAUAUGGAGAAGGGUCAUCCUUGGCCAAGUUGGAAAGUCAUAGAAAGAACUUCAGAGGACUUGUAGUCCUUUGGUUUUAAUGGGUUAAUAAACUUGCUCCCCUAGUUACAAAGAUUUUAGCAAAUAAGCCCUUGCAUUACGAUUUAUAAUACUUUUUAUGUUUGCGCGUAAUAAGAAAACUCGACAUGAAAUAAAAUAAACUCAAAGAGAACUCAAUUCGAACAAAUCACAUGUUGUGCACACGAAAUAUGGUCAUGGGAGUAAAACCUUCAAACCUUUCAACUCGAUCAUUCAAAUUUUUGCAAAUCAGAAGCUCAACAAGUAAAUCAAGAUCACGAGACAACAUCGAUUGAGAAGGUGUAUAUUUUUCUUAUCGAUAAUCCGAGAAACAAUAGGGUGUUAUGGAUGCAGUAAUGCUAUAUUUUUUUUUUAUUAUCUCUUUGUCCUGGUCUCUGGUGACUUUCGUUUUUAUGGAUUGAGAUUAAGUCAACAUGCCCAAAUUUACACCUGAUUAGGAACUACAUAAACUAUGUUGGAGGGAGUAAUUUGAAAACAAAUACAAUGUUUUUUUUGUAUGUUCGAUUGAAAUCGUUGAUAUAUGAAUGUGUUUGUUCAACUAGCAUAAUACAAGGACUACAAAUGUCAUUAAUUUCUUUUAAUUAACUAAGGUAGGAUUACAACUCUUUUGCUUUUGUACUAGUGUUAGGAAAAGAAACCCCCCUUUAGUUGGUGAGGUCAUGACUAAGGGAGAGAGAGGUUGAUUAAAUUAGUUAAAGCACAGGGUUAAACUAUAAGAUUUGCAUAGGUCAUGUUUCCUUCACUUGAUAAUUUUUAGAUUAGUCAUUAGUGUAUCAUUUAACCUUUAAUUAUUUAAAAUUAUGAAUUGGUGGAUGCAAGUGUCAUUCUCCACCAUUUCACCACAUGCCAUCUAUUUCACCCAACCAUCGUAAAAUUUCACCUGAUUAAGACUUGGUUCACUCAAUUAAAUACCAAAAUAUUGAGAAAUAAAAAAAAGUAAAAAAUUAAUUAAAUAUAACACAUAUACUUUAGUCUUCAUUACUCGAUCUUUGACAAUUCACGAACCCUCUAUCUAACUCAACUUUAGCUUUCCAAUUUAAGUCAUUCUCGUCUCUCACUCAAUCUCCUUGUUAUUUUCACAACAUAAAAAAACACAUUCUCAUUAGUCGUCUCUCAACCUCCAAUCCAUCGAAUUAAAUAUUACCAAUGACAAGAAAUUGAGAUAUCAACAUCUCCCCCUUCUCCUUAACCAUGUUUUAGCGCUAGACGAACUCAAAACCAUUUGCUUAGUCUCAUGAGAACCUAUAAUAAUAAGUUUAAUGGAGACUU